CAUAAACGCUGAUGAAAAAAAUUAGCUUUUGCAAGUCAGCUGUCUGCUAAUAGUUAUUUGAAGAAUAUUACUAAUAUUUUCAUUUUCGAAAGUAUUCCUUUGAAAGACACAACACAAAUGGCUAGCUCCAAAUAUAAGCCAAUUGUUGUUCGUAUUCAAUCUCCUGAGCAUGGUACAAAGAGAGUAGAAGCUAAACCAUCAGAAUCUGUUGCAGAUUUCUUAAAUAAGAUACAGAAUGAAUUUCAGCUUGGAGAUACUGGUUGGAGAAUUUAUAAAAAUAGAGAUAAAAAAGACUGGAUAAGAACAUCAAGAGCCAAAACAAUCGAUUCAUAUAAAAUUAAGCAUGGUGACAUGUUGUAUUUAUUACCAACUGAUGGUAAAGACCUUGGAUCAAACCUUGUACAGGCAGACAAUAUGGCACCUUCUCCAGGGAGUGCUGCACAGGGGGUUGUGGAAGAUGAAGUUGACCAAAUAUUAGACAAAGAAGAUGGGAAAAUAUACAGGAAAAGAAAUGAACAGUUAUGCAGACAUGGGCCUCAUGGAAAAUGUCUUCACUGUGUACCAUUAGAGCCAUAUGACGAAGAGUUCCUGAAUAGCUGUGAUCCACCAAUAAAAUUCUUAGCAUUUCAUUCCUACAUCAGAAAACUGACUAGUGGGGUGGAUAAAGGGAAAUUUGCAUAUUUAGAGAAUCUGAGUUGUAAAAUCAAACCAGGAUGUACUGAGCAUCCACCAUGGCCAGGUGGGAUUUGUACUAAAUGUCAACCAAAUGCAGUGACACUCAAUAGACAGAAAUUUCGCCAUGUUGAUUACAUAAUGUUUGAGAAUCCAUCCAUUGUUGACACUUUCCUCAACUUCUGGAGAAGUACUGGCAAUCAAAGAGUUGGUAUUAUGUAUGGUAGAUAUGAACCGCAUAAAGACACACCAUUAGGAAUUAAGGCUACUGUGUCAGCUAUUUACGAACCUCCUCAGAUCAAUACAAAAGGUCAUAUAGAGUUGUUAGAGGAUGUAUUAGAACAUGAGGUUAAUAAAGUGGCAGAGAGGCUGAGAAUACGACCUGUUGGAUGGAUAUUUACAGAUCUGAUAGCUGAUGAUUUAUCCAAAGGAACUGUCAAACAUUUCAGGGGAAAUAUUAAUUCACAUUUUCUGAGUGCUGAAGAAUGUAUCCAGGCAGCUCACUUUCAGAACAAACAUCCCAAUCCAUGUAAACUCUCUCCUGAGGGACAUUUUGGUUCAAAGUUUGUCACAGUUGUUGUCACAGGUGAUGAUACAAACCAGAUUCACUUUGAAGGAUACCAGGUAUCAGAUCAGUGUAUGGCUUUGGUAAGGGAUGAUUGUUUUAUACCAACAAUAGAUGCUUCAGAACUUGGUUAUGUAAAGGAAUCGAGUGAAACACAGUAUGUUCCUGAUGUCUUUUAUAAGGUGAAGGAUAAUUAUGGAAAUGAGGUUACACAACUUGCACGUCCUCUUCCUGUGGAGUAUCUCUUACUUGAUAUGCCAGCAGCAUUCCCUGUCGAACCUCAGUAUACAUUUAGAUCUCAUCUGCAUACAGAAGUCACAUCCUUCCCGGUAGAGAACAGACAUGUUUUAGGACAACCACAUGAUUUCAAUGCAUUGACAAGCUAUUUACAACAGUUUCCACCAAACCGAUUUUUAGAAGCUAUGGCAAACUUUCAUUUACUGAUUUAUCUCAGCACAUCAGAUCUAUUACCAUUAAAGGAAAAAAUAUGCAUAUUACUGGAUGCAGUGCAAAGUAAUGAUGAGAAACUUGCUCAUCAAUUUAAAAAGACAGAAGAAUGGGCAACUGUGGAAGAAAUGAUGGCAGCACAUGUUCCCACUCUAACUCCAGGGAGGCCAUCAUCAUCUUACGUUGGACCCAAGGCUGCACCAUUACCUCCUAUAGGCUCAAGUUGGACGUGUGCACAUUGUACAUUUAUAAACACAACAGAUAAAGACCAUUGUGAUAUGUGUUCACUUCCCAAACAAUAAAUAUUAGUAUUAUACAUUGUAGCAGAAAUCUUAAAGUGCUAUUUCCGUCAAAGAAUAUUCUAAGAAUACCAGAAAAACAAUGGCAUUUUGUCAUCUGAAAGUUUCUUUCCUGAUAUUUAGUCCAAUAAAUAGAAUGUGGGAUGUAGUUUAUUUUCAGUCUCCUUGACAACUAUAGUGUACUGUGUAUUAAAAGUUGUUUAUUGAAUUGUUAUGAAAAUUACUUUUAUUGUGAUUACUGGAUUGUAGUUAUCUGCACUGUAUAGCCUUCUUUAUUGUCAAAGAAUAAAAGAUACAUUCUCUGUAGUCAAUGAAAAUCAUAUCCUGAUCUUGCAAAAAUGUAAAAAUUAUUUUAGAGGUUUCUCUACUGUUUUUAUAGAAUUACUGCUUCUUUAAGGGACCUAAUUUCUAUUAAAGUUAAAAUAUUGAUAUACAUAUAUGAUUAUAAUUUACUGUCCUCACCAACAUUUUGCUUUGGCUUGCCAUUUGUCUUUAUAAACACUUGGAACUUCUUACCAUAGACAGGUUAAGCAGAGACCUUUGAUGACCUCGUUUCAAGUGUCAUUGCUUUGCUUUCUACGGACAAAAACUUCACAAGAUCUUUAGAACAUCUUUUUCCUGCAAUGGGUGAUAAACAAUGUAUAAUGAAAAAAACAAAAAGAUACAAAUAUUGCCAUAUUCAUCACUCUCCAAGAAAUUAUAUAUGUCUGAAUUUUUGGAUAUUACAGAAUAUGAAAUCUAUUUUUACAACAAUUACAUCUGUUUUGUUGUAUCUUUUUUUUUCUGAUGCUGUAGAUCAUUUUGUGAUACAAUUUCAACAUUGGUUUAUUUUCUAAAUUAACAAAUUAAAAUACAAAAAUGGAGUAUAAUUUAAAAAUUUUAACAGAAUCAAUUAUCAUGGUGAACAAAAUGUAAUUUUGAGUUUAGCUAAUGUUUGCUGAAAGCUCAAAAUUUGACAGUCACAAAAUUUUCUGAACAAUCCUUAAUUCUUGAAAAAUUUUGAAUGAUAAAAAAUACUUUCAAAAUGUUGUUUUCUAUGAUUUGUCCAGUACAGAUUAAAAAAACCUGAUGGGAGGUUGAAAAAAGAUUUAGAAUGAAAGAUUAUUUGUUACUGUAAAAAAAAAUCUCACAUCAUUGCAUGACUGCUAAGAGAGUAAUACAGCCUCAGCUGACCCUAUAGUUAUUUAUAAAUAACUGGUCAUUAAGUUUCAAAUGUCAUGCAAAUUAAAGAAAUAUGGUUUAGGUUAUGUAAAACUUUUGAGUGAAAUUAAUACACACUGUAUAUCAAAUUUUGGACCUUGAACUCUCUACUUAAAUGCACCUUCCUUCUAUUAUUAGGAAGGUAUAAUAUUACACUCUCUCAUCCUUAAAGCCUCUCUUCAGACAGUAAGUAAUGAAAACAGUUGUCCUGGUACUCUCUUUGAAUUUGAACUGUGAUAAACAGUGCCACCUUCUUUCUUUCAAAUUUGUUAAUAACUUUAUACUUAAAAAAUUGUGAAAAUAACUUUCCCCCAAAAAAAUCACUCUUUAGUGAAAGUUAAUUUUCCUAGAAUUACAUUCAUUUGAUAAUGUAUGGUUUGAAGUAUUCCUUAUCUUUCAGUAAAAAAUCUAUUACAAGUGAAUGGAAAGCGUAUAGAAUUAUUUAAAGGAAAGGUUGCAGAAAUGAUGAUAGAAGCGGUAUAUAAAUUAACCUUUUCUGUUUGUAACUAAAAAAGUUGUAUAACAAGGGGAUGUUGUACAUUGUUCUGGAAUAUUUUGGGUUCAAUUUGGUUAUUUACCAUUUACAUUGGUUAAGAAAAUAAAUGACUGAUCACUAAAAAGUAAAAUCACAAAAAUACUGAACUCCGAGGAAAAGUCAAUCGGAAAGUCCCUAAUCAAAUGACAAAACACAUCAAACGAAUGGACAACAACUGUCAUAUUCCUGACUUGGUACAGGCAUUUUCAAAUGUAGAAAAUGGUGGAUUGAACCUAGUUUUAUAGCGCUAAACCUCUCACUUGUACGACAGUCUCAUCAAAUUCCGUUAUAUUUACAACGAUGGGUUAUAUCAUUUUCUUCUGAUAAGCAACUUAAUCCUUUUUCUGUUUCAUUUAAUACACAAUCACAAGAGGUUGGGAAAGGGAGGUCCUUUGCUUGAGAUAGUGUGAAAUCAAAAAGUGAUGAGAUAGUGAACAUUUUUUUUCUCUUAGGCUGGAAUUGACUUGUCUAUGUAAUUCUCAAAAUAUAUCAAAUAAAAAGUAGACAAAAACUCUUGAAAAAAAACCUUUACCAGCAUUAUGUAAUGUCAUUGAUCUCCAUAACAUUAAGUAUCCUACUAACAAUGAAACUAUAGUAAGAUUCUAGUCCAAAGUCACAUAUAGUUUGCUUGAAUGCAUGAAUAUAAUAAUUUUGGUGUUUAAAAGACUUGUGAGAUUUUUAACAUGAAUUAUAUAUUUUUGUUUAUCAGCCUGACAAAGGAAUAUUGGUGCACAAUGUCUUAUUUAUUCUGAUAAUUAAUAAAUACAUUAAAAUAA